CGCCUCGCGCUCGCCAUGGCCGGCGACCGAGCGGAGGAGGAGGAGGGGGAGGCGCCGCCUCCGGAGGCGCGUGCCGCGGCGGCGGUGGAGAGGGUGCGGCGGAUUCGGCUGCUGGGGCCCUUCGUGGAGGAGCUCCGGGAGCGGAGGCGGGGGGAGGGGGAGGGGGAGGAGGAGGAGCGGGCGCUGGCGCCGCUCGCCGACGCGCUCGAGGCGGCGCUCGCGCUGCUCCGGCUCGGCCGCGAGGGGAGCAGGAUCUCCUUGGUUCUUGAGAGGGACAGCGUAAUGAAAAAGUUUCAGGGAGUAAUUUUGCAGCUGGAACAAGCUCUGUGCGACAUUCCGUACAAUGAAUUGGAUAUAUCAGAUGAAGUUAGAGAGCAGGUUGAGUUAGUGCACGCACAGCUCAAAAGAGCAAAAGAACGGAUUGAUAUGCCUGACGAUGAAUUCUACAAUGAUCUACUAUCUGUAUAUGACAAGAACUAUGACCCAAGUGCAGAACUGGCUAUUCUUGGAAGAUUGUCAGAAAAGCUACACUUGAUGACAAUCACCGAUCUCACGCAAGAAUCACUCGCCUUACAUGAGAUGGUCGCAUCCGGCGGUGGUCAGGACCCAGGAGAACACAUUGAGAGAAUGUCAAUGCUACUGAAGAAGAUUAAGGAUUUUGUGCAAACACAGAACCCUGACAUGGGGCCUCCUAUGGCUUCCAGGGUAUUGGAUUCAAAUGGGGAUUCAAGGCCUAUAACCAUUCCUGACGAGUUCCGAUGUCCAAUUUCUCUUGAGCUGAUGAAGGAUCCUGUUAUAGUGUCUACAGGGCAGACAUAUGAGCGGGCAUGCAUUGAGAAAUGGAUAGCAUCAGGCCAUCAUACCUGCCCAACCACGCAACAGAAGAUGUCAACCUCAGCAUUGACGCCAAACUAUGUCCUUAGAAGUCUCAUUUCCCAGUGGUGUGAAACCAAUGGGAUGGAGCCACCAAAGCGCUCAACCCAGCCUAACAAGCCUACGCCUGCAUGCUCUUCGAGUGAACGUGCUAACAUCGAUGCUCUGCUAUCUAAGUUAUGCUCUCCAGACACUGAGGAGCAGAGAUCAGCUGCUGCAGAGCUUCGCCUCCUUGCAAAGCGGAAUGCAAACAACCGGAUUUGCAUUGCUGAGGCAGGUGCCAUUCCCUUGCUAUUGAGUCUGCUGUCCUCAUCUGACCUACGGACUCAAGAACAUGCAGUUACUGCCCUUCUGAACCUCUCCAUACAUGAGGACAAUAAGGCAAGCAUCAUAUCAUCUGGUGCUGUCCCAAGCAUAGUCCAUGUUCUGAAGAAUGGCAGCAUGGAGGCACGGGAGAAUGCUGCGGCCACACUUUUUAGUCUCUCAGUGAUUGAUGAAUAUAAAGUGACAAUUGGAGGGAUGGGGGCUAUCCCUGCGCUUGUAGUGCUGUUAGGCGAGGGUAGCCAGCGGGGGAAGAAGGAUGCAGCAGCAGCUCUCUUCAACUUGUGUAUAUACCAAGGGAACAAGGGACGAGCGAUUCGAGCUGGCCUUGUGCCACUCAUCAUGGGGCUGGUGACCAACCCCACAGGAGCGCUCAUGGAUGAGGCUAUGGCAAUACUCUCCAUACUAUCCAGCCACCCUGAGGGCAAGGCAGCGAUUGGGGCGGCAGAGCCUGUCCCUGUGCUUGUGGAGAUGAUCGGAAGCGGAACCCCGAGAAAUCGAGAGAAUGCUGCGGCUGUCAUGCUACAUCUGUGCAGUGGAGAGCACCAUCUUGUGCAUUUAGCUCGUGCGCAGGAGUGCGGGAUCAUGGUCCCGUUGCGGGAGCUGGCUUUGAACGGCACCGAUAGGGGGAAGAGGAAGGCUGUGCAGCUGCUCGAGCGGAUGAGCAGAUUCCUAGUCCAGCAACAAGAGGAACAGGAGUCCCAGUCGCAAGCCUCCGCGCAGGUCCCUCCUCAGGCCACCCCUGAGCAGGUCCCGGAAAAUGACAUCCCUGAACAAUUGGACAGCCCAGCGUCUCAAUACCCUAUGGUUGUAUGAACUCGAUGAUGAGCGAGUCAUCGUCGCAAUCCUAUCAAAUGUCGGAUUGAGUAGCAUCCUGGUCACUUUGCAUUCUGCUCAUGAUUCAUGGCAUGCCGACCAAUUGAGGUUUUUCCACAAGCUUGAACUAUAAGGUUUCCAUGCUUGUGUGCUGAAACUCCCAGGUUGUGAGAAUUUGUUUAGGCAGCCCAGGAUGUUGAGAUAGAUGUGUACAGUUUCUUAAACAUGCAGCUGCUAUAUGUAGACAACAUAAUGCAAGGUUUUCCCAUGUAUAUCCUGAAGACUGUAAUACCAUAUGUAAAAGAGAAGUUUCAAAUGCGGAUUUGAGCAGUAAA